AUGUCUUCAUCACAGAAGCAGUCUAGCACAUCCCCCAUCUCCACCUCCACCUCUACUUCAAUCUCAGCCGUCGUAACAACCGGAUACAUCCAAUCCGUCCAUGGCAUCCACUACAUGGACGAAGGCGAAAAGGAUAAACACGGCAACGUCAUGCUUGCUUCCAAAGAGCCGUGUGAGGACUGUGGCGGCAAGGUAGUUUGGGCAACAAAGGGGCCGUGGUUGAUGGUUUGUCAAAUGUGUGGGGAGCCGCAGUAG